AUGCCGCCACCAAACACUCCUGCCGAUGAUUCCCAUCAAAAACUUCUAGAUCAACUCGACAUUACGUAUGCCACUCGCUCGUUUCGCAACCCAAACUGGAAGCCCUCCAUUCGCCGCAAUAAGAACGUGAAACAGAUAAUCUCAGAGACCUCUCGCAAAGAAGCCUCUGUAGUCGGCACUCAGGAAAAUAGCGGUACUUCCACACCUAAAGUAGCCCCAGGGGAUACUCGAACAAUUAGCAUCACACCAGGAGGUGUUCCGAAGCCAGUGACCAUUGCACAAGCUGCACAAAGUGUGUCAAUGCUGGCUCUUGAAAAGAACUUCAGUAGAUCCCAAUGCACUACCGGCCCGGUUGUCACUUAUACGAAUAUUGAAUCCGCCCCCUCGCUACACUGCGCGCAGCACAAUCACUACUGUGACAUUACCGGGCUCCCUGCGCCUUACAAAGACCCGAAAACGAGGUUACGAUAUCAUAAUAAGGAAGUAUUUAGGGUGGUCCGAUCGCUCGGACAAGGUGUGGCCGAAAGCUACCUGGAGGCCCGGGGCGCUCAUGUUGUAUUAAAGUAA